UGUCUGGGAUCCUCAAGCAGACGGGCGCGCGGAGACGAGGGAUCGAGGCGGCCGCCCAGAGCCAACUGCCCGCUGCGGAGCAGCUCGCCCCUUCCAGGCCUGGCGAGCGCGGAGGGAGGGGAGAGGCGAAGCGCGCGCCGCCGCUGCGGGAAGACACCGAAGCAAGAGCGACACCCCCUCCCGCCCCCCACCUGGCAGCGCAGGCUUUGAACGCCGCUUCCCCCAUCUGAAUGGAAACUCGGAACCGCCCGGCGGCGCGUUCCUCCUCGCUCAGCCUGUCAAUCCAUGCCGAGGGGAAGGCGGUGCAAGCCCGCGCCAGCAGCGUCCAGCUCCCGGGACCGGGCCGGCGAUGCUGCUGAGCCCAACUUGAUCGCGCCUCUCCGUCGCCGCUAGUGGAAGCGAUGCUGCACCGCGCAGACAGCGUUUUCCCGGCUCUCCUUCAAGCUGAAGGUUACCCACCCGCGCAGCCAGCCGCAACCUUGUGAGCCGCGCGCGCCUCGGGUCCGGGCUCCGGCUGCUCCGCGGCGGCGUGCAGGGGGCAACCACCGGGCCGCCCGCGCCGGGGCGCACUGCACCAGCGGCUUCGGCUUGGUGGAUGUGUAUGCAUGAGUUCUGCACCGAAUGGGCGCAAAAAGCGCCCCAGCCGGUCCACCCGCUCCUCGAUCUUCCAGAUCAGCAAGCCUCCGCUGCAGAGCGGGGAUUGGGAGCGCAGGGGCAGCGGCUCCGAAAGCGCCCACAAAACCCAACGAGCCCUGGACGACUGCAAGAUGCUUGUCCAAGAGUUCAACACUCAAGUGGCCCUGUACCGAGAGUUGGUCAUUUCUAUUGGAGACGUCUCAGUCAGCUGCCCCUCGCUGCGGGCCGAAAUGCACAAGACAAGAACCAAAGGCUGUGAAAUGGCCCGUCAGGCACACCAAAAGCUGGCUGCCAUCUCAGGCCCGGAAGAUGGUGAGAUCCAUCCCGAAAUCUGCCGGCUUUACAUCCAGCUGCAGUGUUGCCUAGAGAUGUACACAACGGAGAUGCUGAAAUCCAUUUGUCUGCUGGGGUCUCUUCAGUUUCAUCGAAAAGGAAAAGAAGCUGGUGGGGGAGCCAAGAGUUUGGACAGCAAAACUGAGGAGAAUGCAGAAACACCUGCCCUGGAGGACUCCUCCUCAUCCCCUCUAGACAGCCAGCAGCAGUCCUGGCAGGUUGCCACAGACAUUGAAAACACUGAAAGGAAACCUGAAGUCACCAUGUAUAAAGAAAGUAAACAUCAUCUGAACUAA